AUAUAUAAUAAACAAUUAAAAAACUUAAAUUAAUUAGAUAAGUAAAAAAGCAGUCUUAAAGUCAAUUAAUGAUAAUGAACAUUAAGUUCUUAUAGCAAAUCCCUCAAUUAGCUCUUUAAACAAAGGAGAAGGUCAAAUCAAAAAUUGAUCAAUUAAAGAAAGAAGAUUCAAAGUAUUUAACUAGCAGCAAUAUGAGUCGUGAUUAGAUCAUCAAAGGGCUUGAAUCUAAAAAUUCUUAAAAAGUGUUAGAUUCAUUAAAAAGGUUAUUAGCCCUAUCCAUCUUAGGGAAAAGCAUUAGCAAGUAUGUGAAUAAGGUUAUUCUACUUUUAGCUAAUCCAGACAUAGAAAUUAAGCGUAUUAUUUACAUUUUAUUGACAGAAAUCAGUUAUGAAAAUCCAAACUGUGAUGAACUUCUUAUGUGUAUCAGCCCACUUUUGAAAUAAAUAGCUAGCAAUAUUCCUUCUGUAAUAAAAGGAGAUACAUUAAAAACUCUUUGCUCUUUAACUAUCCAAGAAAUGAAGCCAAUGCUAAUUAAAACUCUCUAAAAAUUACAUGUUGAUAAAAGUCCAUAUGUCAAAAAAAUAUCAGCACUAACUCUUAUACAAUUCUUUUUAAGCAAAGAUAUUGAAGAAGAAGAAGUUGAUGCUCUUUAUAGUUUUCUUUUGAAAGAUGUACCUUUCUUAAAAGGAUGUGUUUUGCACUUAUCAAGACAACUUUAGACUUAAGGAGAUAAUUUAGAGUUUUUACAUUAUCAUUUUAGAAGAGUAUGCAAAGAAAUUCAUACGUAUACUGUUUAUGAUAUUGUACUUAAUCUUUAAAUGAUAAAUAAGUAUGCUUUAAUGUAUUUGCAAUAUGAAUAAUAAGUCUAGUUAGAGCAACAAGCAUAAGCAUAAGCAGCGGCUGUUGAAGAAAAUAAGAAAUAAAAACUAUCAUCAAUUAAAAAGAUCCAUCCAGACCUUUAACUUUUAUACAAUGUUUGCACUCGCUUAUUAUAUUCUUCAUAUCCCUCUGUCAUACUAGAAGUAGCUCACAUAGCUAUAGAUUUUCCUUAACCCGAGCUCUUAAGUAAGGUAGCAAAAGCUCUUUUGAGAUUUGUAAAUAUAAAUUCAGACUCAAAACUUAUAAUUUUGUAAGCAAUAGAAUAUUUUAGUAUUAAGUAUCCUUAAUACUUCAAAAAUAGUUUUAGAACUCUUUUUGUCACUUAGCUUGAGAAAGUAUAUUGCAAAGUCAAAAAAAUUGAAAUUUUAUAUCAUAUCGUAGAUGAUUUAAAUGUUGGACAUAUUUUAGAUGAGCUAAACUAUUAAAUUAGAUCUCCUUCCUUCGAUGUAAGCAUAGCUGCUAUUAAUUGUAUUAAAAAGAUUGCAAUUAAGCAAAAUAAAUUCUUUGGAAAAUGCAUUAAAUCUCUUACUAGCUUGUUGAAAACAGCUAAUUAGUAGCUCAUAGAAGUUUUAGUUAAAGCACUUAGCGAGCUCAUUUAACAAAAUAUAAAUGUAUACUAUCCUAUUCUUUCAUAUACCUUUGAAUACUACUAACAAAUUAAUAAUCCACUCAUUAAAGAAAGAGUUAUAAUUUAGAUUUCUCAGUUCUGCUAAGAAAUUCCAUCGAUUUGUUUAGACUACUACAGAAUUCUUUUACAAAGCUAUACUAAAGAGCACGAUAUUGUUAAACUUUAAAUAGGUAAUUUAGGAUUUAAGCUUUUGUGUAUAUUUGACUAAAAUCAUGAGCUCUUUUAGAAGCUUGUUGAAUUUUUCAAAUAUAACUUGAACCUUGGAAUUAAUGAUAGAUCUUUCAAAGUAAGAGACAGAAUGAGAUUUAUUAAAGCAAUUACAAUUGGUAAUGAAGUAUCAGAUAUUAGCUCUUAUGAAGCAUAAAAAUUGAAAGAGAAUUUAAAUAAAAUACACACUUAAAAAUUAGUCGAUUUAUCAACAAAUCACGUUUCUGAACUAUUUAAUAGCAAUGAGGGGUAAAUAUAACAAAUAUCAACAGAAAAUCAACUAGAAUACCUAGGUGAAUAAUAAGCUCGUUCUUUUGGUUUACUAACAAAUGAAGGAUUCAGAAUUGGCACAAUAUCAUCAAUUCUAAAAAUAAGAUACGAAGGAUAUUCUAACUUUGAAAUAUAUUCUACAUAAAUAGCAAAGGAGUCAACAGAUUAGAGGAGAAGUGAAGCAGAAACUUAGGAAAAGCUAUAAAAAGAACAGUAGAUUUAAGAAAAGCUGUAAAAAUAAAAAGAAAUUGCAGAAGCAUAGGCUGAAGAAGAAAAAGUUGUAUCAUAAGUUAAACCUAAUCCAGAAGCCAAGUAGAAUCAAAUUAAAAAAUAAGUUUAAAGCGAUUUAUUAAAUCACUAUCAGGACAGUCUCAAAAAAACUCUUAGCGAUUUUUUCGAAGACGAUUGAAAGAUUUUUUAAAAAGUUUGUCUUUAAUAAAAUAAUUUAUAUGUUUGUAUAGUCAAUUAAUGCGUUUAUCUGUAUAUCAAUUUAAAAUUUUAAUUAUUUUUAAAUUAAUAGAGAAUAUUUU